GGAUCCAGAUCUGAGCAGGGCUGCAUUGCUCUGGGUUUGAGCUGGAUCCCUUUGCAAAGCAGAGAGGCCGCCCUUGCCCCACGCUUUGCCCCACUGCACGUUGUGGGGUGUUGGGACCCCCAUAGCAUCAUCAUCAUCAUCCUCAAUGCAAAGGGCCGGGCACUACGGGAGGACGCCCUUAUCCUAUACCUCUGCUUCGAGGUGGGGAACUGAGACCCGAGCUUCUUUUGGAGGAGCAAAGAGCAGGGACGUCUCCUCGCUCCCUUUCUCCCCCAGCCGUGUUCUCUACCCUAAAGCUGAGGUCUUCAUUACCAGCUUAAGGAAACCGGAUACAACAGCGGGAUCGUUCCUAGAACGGGAACGCCCAUGGGGCCGUUUGCCAAGCAUUCAUGCUCUGCCUCCUCCAGCCCCGGUGAAAUCAGUCCUUACCCAUAGGAGAGAGGCCAUGGCUGCUGUAUUCCUACCCGGAAACCUACAAGAUGAAGCUACAUGUUCAGUUUGCUUGGAGUUCUUCAAGGAUCCCGUAUCUAUCGAGUGCGGGCACAACUUCUGCCGGGCUUGUAUCGCGAAGAGCUGGAAGGAUUUAGAGAUGGAUUUCCCUUGCCCUCAAUGCAGGGAGGUCUUCCAACAGAAGAACCUCCGACCCAACCGCCAGUUGGCCAACAUGGCCGAGAUCAUCAGCCAGUUCACCCUACGUGGGGCCAAGGGGGCGGAGGAGGACGGGCUGUGCGUGAAGCACCGCGAAGCCCUCAAGCUCUACUGCAAGGAUGAUAGGAGGAGCAUCUGCGUGGUGUGCGACCGCUCGCGGGAGCACCGGCCUCACGCUGUGGUCCCUGUGGAUGAAGCAUCCGAGGAGUACAAGGAGAAAAUCCAGGGUCGUUUGGAUUUCCUAAAGAAGGAGAGGCAGGAGCUGCUGGAAUUUAAAGUAAAUGAUGAUAAGAAAACACAGGAGCUAUUGAAAACCAUUGAGAACGAGCGUCAGAAGCUCCUGGUAGAGUUCGAGGGGCUCCGUCAGUUUCUUCAUGACCAGGAGCACAUCCUGUUGGGGCAGCUGGAUAAGAUGGAGAAGAGCAUCGCCAAGAGGCAGAACGAGAACAUCACCGACCUCUCCAAGGAGAUCACGCUCCUCAACAAACUCAUCACGGAGAUGGAGGAGAAAAUACAGCAGCCCGUGCUUGAGUUCCUCAAGGAUGUGAUGGGUGUCAUCAGCAGAAGCGAAGAGGUGAAGUGCCAGAAGCCCGUUCCCGUCUGCACCGACAUGAAGAUGCACGUCUGCAACUUCAGCCUUAAGACGGUAGUCCUGGAGAAGGUCCUUAAGAGGUUUAAAGAAAACCUGCGGGACGAGUUGGGAAGAGGUGAAAAAGAAGACCUGACCCUAGACCCGGACUCAGCCAACCACCUCCUCAUCCUCUCAGCAGACCUCAAGACCGUGAGGAUGGGCUGCAGGAAACAGGAUCUACCCGACAACCCCAAGAGAUUCGAUACCAACUCCAGGGUUUUGGCCACCACCGGCUUCAAAUCGGGGCGACAUUAUUGGGAGGUUGAGGUGGGGGCGUCGGAUGGUUGGGCUUUUGGGGUGGCCAAAGAGUCGGUGAGGAGGAAAGGGUUGACUCAGUUUUCUCCCGAGGAAGGGAUUUGGGCAGUGCAGCAGAAUGGAGGGCGGUAUUGGGCCGUCACUUCGCCUCAACGUACCCCGUUGUGCCUGGGUCAGAAACUCAACAAGGUGAGGGUUUACUUGGAUUACGAAGGGGAAGAAGUCUCCUUCUACAACGCUGAGAACAUGCAGCACAUCUUCACUUUCAACGUUGCCUUCAGGGAGAAGGUUUUCCCUCUGUUUUCUGUCUGUUCUACCGUCACGUAUAUCAAACUGUGCUCCUGAGGCCAAUGGGGGGGGACACAAAGGUGGGUCAAGGGGCUGGAUGGAGUGGUUGGGUUGUUGGGAUAGAAGGAAUGAGAUGCUGUGAAAGGUGGGUGGGCAAUGGGGGUCUUCAGACAAAGAAACAGAGGAACCAGAACGUGUUGUGUUUCUAUCUUGUCUUUGUCAACCCAUCAGAUGCUAUGAGAGUUGGGGUGGGGGGUCGUCCCAGGGGGUCUUCAGACAAAGAAACAGAGGAACCAGAAUCUUUUUCAACCCAUCAGAUGUUAUGAGGGGUAGGUGGGUUGGGGUCAUCCCAGGGGGUCUUCAGACAAAGAAACAGAUGAACCAGACCGCGUUGUGUUUCCAUCUCAUCUUUGUCAACCCAUUAGAUGCUAUGAGGGGUGGGGGUCAUCCCAGGGGGUCUUCAGACAAAGAAACAGAGGAAUCAGAACGCAUUGGGUUUCCAUCUUGUCUUCGUCAACCCAUCAUUGAGCCAACCCAACAACCCAACUCUUCAAUGAGAAGGAAAGCUCUGCAUUGGUUUGGAGGCCCUGGAGCUGUUGGUUAAUGGGGUUAAUGGGGUUUACUCUUAGGAUAAAGACUGGUGGGGGGUCUCCUUGGGUUGCCAUGAUGAAGACUGGUGGGGUGGGGGUCUCUUUGGGUUGUGUGGGGGGGGUUCUUUUGGCUCUUUCCUUCUUGCUCCUACUGCAAAGAGGUGCCUCCACAAAGGGUAAGUCUUGCUUAUUUUAGGCUAUUCUUCUAAAUCUGGGGGUCAUUUUCUCCUCCAAAGUCUAUUUUUGCAGUCUUUCAAUGGCGUUUUUGAUGUGUUCUUUCCUGGAAACCCCCCCAAAAUUGAUGAUUUCAACCCCCUCCCCAAAUCUGUCCCCAUGGGAAGCAGAAAGAAAUGGGAGAUAUGGAGCUGUUGGGGUUGUUGUUGUGCUGGAAAUAAAACAUGAAGGUGCUAUUGGAA